UGAGAGGUCACAAUAACACAAAUGUCUCCCGCUCUCAACAGGUAUACGGAUCUCUGGUGGAGCACCUGAUAUCAAGUGCUGACAUGGGGCUUCAUGGCUUCAAGACCAAGGAUGACAUCUAUUGCUAUUCUCUGGCCAAGGCUCUAUAUUAUGUUGUCUCUCCUGUAACAGUCGGAUUUUAUGCACCAUGGGGCAGGAGUAAGGAUAUCCUUCUCAACAAGGUUGAAUCAUACCUAUGUGCCGAAACAUGGAGGAAGGAACAGGAUGAAGUCCUGAGGAACGGACAGAAUACAAGGAAAACCACUGGAAAAGACCUCAUCAAGCUCAUCUUCCUUAUAAUAUUUUACCAUCCUGUCAUCACAGAGAAGCACAAGCAACGACAGAACAUACGUUAUGUCUUCAUCCGGUUCAGUGCAUGGGAAUUCGCAGGCAGUGACCAACUCUGGGCUGGGCUGAUUACAACGCUAUGUGAUGGCAUUGAGAGAUGCUUUGGAUUGGCGCCCAUUAGUGUUUAUCGAACAGUGGCCAAAAAAACCAAAAUUAUAGAUGCUCCACUUAAACAGGAAUGGGUUAGUAAGACGUUUUUAUGUAUCCCACUUUGGAUUGCUACCUUGCUGGUCAUCACCAUUGGGAUCACUGUAGGUGCUUUGAUUCUUAUAUUUGGCUUUCCAUUUGGUGAUCCCACAGGAGAUAUGGUUGCUGCCGCUGAAGGUGUCGGGGCAACCGUGGUUGGCAUCUCUGCAGCAGGAAUAAUUAGAGUUGCUAUUACAGUGAUUAGAAAUGCUAUUGUUACCCAGAAGGUCACAGUGGAGCAAAAAAUGAAUCGUACAGACAUGAGCUCCCAGUUGGGCUUCAUGAGCGAUGUGAAGAGGGAGGUUAAGGCAAUCACUUGUUACCUCAAACUCAUUGAGGUCUUCCAAAGGCAGAAAAUUAAAGUCGUCCUAGAGAUUACAAACUUAGACAAGUGCAUGCCGGACAAAGUGGUAGGAGUUCUGAAUGCCAUGAAUAUUCUCCUCUCUGAUCCCAAUGCUCCAUUUAUUUCCAUCUUGGCUGUAGACACCAGUAUCAUUGUGGAAUGUGUUGAAAGCUCUCAGAUGUUAAAAGGCAUGGCUAACAAUGGCUAUCAGUUCCUAAACCGAAUCAUAACAUUGCCAUUCAGUAUCCCCAAAAUGGACUGUGAGACUAAAUUGUUCUGCCUGAGAAAUAUAAUUGAGGGGAAGGGUGAGCUAAUGCGAGAAACGGAGGAAGAUAUGACAGUAGACUCUGAUAUACCAAGUGAAAAAGAUCAGCUCCUGCUUCGACAACGAGUUGUCCCACACAAUGAUUUUGUUGUUAGUGACAUUCCCUUGAUGGUCACAAGCUCCUGUGAGCAGGGACAAUCCAACAACUUUCUACCAGAUAAAGGAAAAAAGACAAAAACCUUAAUAGAUGAAGCCUUCAGAUACCUUUUUGAUGAGAGGAUGAAAGAUUAUGUCACUGACAAUGUUGUCCACAUCAGGAGGGUGGUGAAUACCAUCACCAUAACCAUCAGACUAAUGAUUAGGGAUGUGCCAAGAACACAGAUAAAGCCUCACAAGGUGGCAGAGUGGGUGCUUCUGGCUACCCAAUGGCCUUGCCGCCUAAGUUGGAUAUUGCAGUGCAUAGAAGAUGAACAACAGAGGAAUUGCCUUGAUGAACAAGAUGCGGCUAGUGAAUAUUCUAUAUACUCUAGAACUUUACUCUGGGAUGUUUUUGAAAAGUCCCUGGAAGAGCUGGAUGCCAUUAAGUCAAGCCUUAAACAUCUCCUGGAGCUGGACGGAGAUCCUGAGAUUUUUCAUAAACUAUUAUGUGACAACUUCACUGUGAAAGAUGCUAACUUUUUUCUGCCGUAUACUGUUAAUUUAGACUAUUCCAUUAAAAGAGAAAUGGAACUUCUACGAGGCAGCAAUAACAUGUGGGAAUCAAAGAAGAGCAACAGACUGACCAUGCUGUCUUUGCUGAAUAUGAGCAUAGAGGAAGUCUGCAAAGAGAUGGACAAGCUAGGUUUUCGGGAAGACAAUCUUACAUUGUAUCGACAGACGAUAAAAGAGCACAAUUUGAAUGGUAGAGCCCUUGUCUACAGUGAUAAUAAUGAGAUAAGAGAAACCUUGGGUAUGGGCCUGGGAGAUUGGACAUUAUUCAGUGUAUACUUCCUAGGAGUUCUGCCACCGCCUCCUGCUGCCCCCGCACCCACCCAAGUUUUUAACAAGCAGGAGGCUCCAAAACUUGGUGCUGAAAACCUCUUAAAAGGAAGCAUAAUGUCUCUAUACCUCUCAAAUGAAAAUCUCUGACAAGUGAAGGAAAUGGUCAAUAGAAAACUGUAAAUUUGAUCACCCUUACUGUGCGAUCAUCUUUAAUCUGUGGUGGUUAUCAUGAGAUAUACAUUUGCAUAAUUUAAGAACAAGUAAAAAAUAGAGUAAAGAAACUUUAUUUGGGACAAUUACAUUUACAUACCUGUUUAAUUUAAAUAUACAUCUGUGGUGAAAUUAUAUUAACCAAACCAUAGUUUCAGCACUACUGAAGUAUGACAGACACUGGCUGCUUUGUAUAUUGGCAGUUAUUUAUUUUCCUAAAGCAGUGUCAUUUAAGUGAUAUACUGCAUACCUACUUAUUGUGCACAUUGAGGAUAAAUACUGCUGUUAUAUAUAUUGGCAGUACAAACCUGUCUAAAAGCAUAAUAUAGAUUCCUUUUCACUCCACUGUGGCAAGCGCCUCUGCUUUGUAACUUGACAGCUAUAUACCAGUCUACAGUAUAAGUGUUUUUGAGUUUACACCAGCAGCAGUGGCGCACGCAGGGGGAGUUUCUGAAUACCUCAAAACCCACCCUGACAUGAUUAUUUUUCCACAUCUCCUGAGCAGUCAUUUAGGUGUGCAUUGAGAAUCAGUACUGCUGUGGUACAUAUUGGCAAUAUUUAUCUGCCUAAAUGCAGUACAGGUUGAGUAUCCCUUAUCCAAAUAUUCCGAAAUACGGAAUUUUGUGAGUGAGAUAGUGAAACCUUUAUUUUCUGAUGUAUCACUAUACACAAACUUUGUUUAAAACACAAAGUUAUUAAAAAUAUUGCAUUUAAAUGACCUUUAGACUGUGUGUAUGAGGUGUAUAUGAAACAUAAAUGAAUUGUGUGAAUGUACACACACAUUGGUGGUCAUUCCGAGUUGCUCUAGGUGCUCUUAGCAGCAUUGCAAACGCUAGGCCGCCGCCCUUUGGGAGUGUAUCUUAGUUUAGCAGAAUAGCGAACGAAAGAUUAGCAGAACUGCUACUAAAUAAUUCUUUGCAGUUUCUGAGUAGCUCCAGACCUACUCACAGAUUGCGAUCAGCUCAGUCCGUUUAGUUCCUGGUUUGACGUCACAAACACGCCCUGCGUUCGGCCAGCCACUCCCCCGUUUCUCCAGACACUCCCAUAUUUUUCCCUGACACUCCUGCGUUUUUUUGCAAACGCCGGGAAAACGCUGAGUUACCACCCAGAAACGCCCCAUUCCUGUCAAUCAUUUACCGAACAGGAGUGCGACUGAAAAGCGCCGCAGAAUCCACAGCAAAUCUGCUAAGUUUUUAGUUAAAUAACUAAGCCCAUGCGCCCUGCGUGCCUUGCGCAUGCGCAGAUUGCAACAAAUCGCUGCAUAGCGAAAAUCGUCAACGAGCGAACAAUUUGGAAUGACCCCCAUUGUUUAAUUCACAAAGUUGUUCAAAAUAUUGGCUAAAAUUACCUUCAGGCUGUGUGUAUAAGGUGUAUAUGAAACAUAAAUGCAUUCUGUGCUUAGACUUAGGUCCCAUCACCAUGAUAUCUCAUUAUGGUAGGCAAUUAUUCCAAAAUACGGAAAAAUCCGAUAUCCAAAAUACUUCUAGUCCCAAGCAUUUUGGAUAAGGGAUACUCAACCUGUAUAUGUAUCCCCGUAAUCCAAUAGUGACAGCUGCUACUAUGUAGUCUGCCAGUUAUAUAUCUGCCUAAAAGCACUACAUAUAUUCUCAUUAAUCCCACCAGGGUUGAGUGCUGCAGACUUGAAAUUUGGCAGCUAUACAGUAUAUUUGCCUAAAAGGAGUGUAUCUGUUUUACUACAUUCACAUUUGUUGUUCUUAUCAUAUUAUAUUUAUUCUGCAGGUUUUAUGGUCACACCUAGAAUUCAAUGGGCAUCAAAAAUUAGAUUUUCUACUCACAUACACACAGGCUUUUCAGUAUAUGGCAAUACAUUUUUCAAAAUAAAUUUACAAAUAUAGAUUUUGGAUGUAUUUAUGCCAUCUUUAUUGUCCAAAAAAAUGCAAACCAAAAGAGUUCUAGAUGAUAUAUUUUAUUAUUGGUUCACAGUACAGCAUUUGUGUAAUGUACAUAUAAUUCACAUUAAUCAAGGAAAGAAUAUUAACAUCCACAACCACUACAUAACUAAUUGUUUAGAAAUUGUUACAUGCUUUACUGGUGUUAACGCAUUACAGAUUGGGUCAGAUGUAAUGGAGUCCCAGGUGGCCGGAGGUGCGGGUUCCCCGCAGCACUCGGAUGUUUUUUUCAAGCGGCAAUCGUGUACAAGGCAUGGUUUUACCCCUUUAAAAAAUUGUCUGAGUUCGGCAGGGGGUGGUCUUCAGUUUGACGGCUGUUGGGAUCCCAGCGCACAGUAUACCAGCGAAGGAAUACCGACACACGGCAUACUGACACCUUUUCUCCCUCUUGGGGGUCCACGACCCCCCUGGAGGGCCCCGCAAGGGACUCAUUUGCGCUCGCCCAGCUGUCGGUAUGCCGGUGGUCAGGAUUACGGCGCCGGUAUGCUGGUCGCCGGAAGCCCGGCCGCCGGCAUACCAUACUACACCUUUCGGCAGGGAACCCGUACCUCCAGCCAACUCGGACUUCAUUACAUCUGGCCCAUUGUACCAAUGAGUUUAUAUUAGUAUGAAACUUUCUGCUAUUGAAUACAAAUGAUACUUAUAGUGUCUACUGAGCCACGUGAUUUUUUUUUUACAUUUUGAACAUUAUUUUUCAUUUUUUGUUAUUGUGCACUAUUUGGGUCUGGUAUUUGUGUUUUUUAUAUUUCCCUUUUGUAUGUUUGUAAUUAUUUUCAGUGAUCAGAGUUUAUAAUUUAAGGUAUAUGGAAUAAAAUCUGUUUUACAAUU